UUUGUAGCACAAAAACCACAACAGUGAAUUUAUUUAAAUAGCACGCAAUAAGCGGCCAUCAAAAUGCAUCAGGUUUGGACACGCGCUGAGCUAUCCACCGUCGCUAAGGAAACCCAUGAAAUAUUUCCAAAGGACUUGCCGCAGCCGCGGCAAACCGCAUUUGUGCCAUCAUACGAGAAGGAGCCGCCAGCGAUGAGCCUGUUGCUGGGCUGGGAGUAUGGUCGGCUGUGGCUGAAGGAGCACAAGCAGUCAAUCGAAAAGGAGACGUCCAAGCAGAAGCCCUACUUCGUUGACUCCGACUUCAGCUGGUGGGUGAGCAAGCGCACCGUGGUGCUAGAUCGUCGCCAGAUCUUCACCAAGAAAAAGCAGAACCCCCAUGUCAAGAACUGCAACCUGACGGCCUUCGCUCUCUCGAAAAUCAAUCGGCUCAAGUACAAGGAGGAAGAAGCAGCUGCCAAUGGGGCUAAGGCCGCCAAGAGUCCAGAUGCCCCUCCCGACGGGCAGCCGACGCAGGCCAACGCUGAGAAGGCGAAAAUAUGCAACUGCAAGGACUGCAAGCAACGACCCACUGGAGGCCAGGCGACUAAAAGGACAAGCCAUAAUCACUAGGAUCGCAGGUCUACAACAACCCCUCGGUAUUGAAAUUAAUCACGUAAUUUAAUAUAAUCGGCUGAAAUGCCCAAGAGAUUUCUAUCUUUCUCUAACUUAGAUACGAAACAUUGAGAUAAUUUUUUAAAUGAGU